AUGUCGAUACAGGGCAUUCAUCCGAGCAAUUGGCUGUACUGGGUCAAUCAUCCCCCACGUGAUAAGAAAGCCAAUGCCGAGUUCAGGAUGAUUGAAGGGGCGAGCGGACGUUUCGUCGUUUUGAUGCCCACUCGGCGUAUAAACAAGGGCGAGGAAGUUUUUGCGAAUUAUGCCGCAGAUUUUGCCGGGUUCCCCGAACCGUCUGAAAAGCAAAGUCACGUAUUGUGCGAGCAGGAAUUGAAAAAGAACGACGACUACAGCGUCGGAGAAUAUAUCCUCGUGUUCGGAAUAUGCGAAGUAACCGGCGACCACCAUGUCUGGGUUGGGAAGAUCGCAAAGAAGUAUCAUGGUGACCAAUUCGGCGUCCACUGGUUGUAUCACCCUUCCCAACUCCCCGAGGCCGACAACCUCGAAUUACCACGGGCUGUGAAGCUCAAGACGCAGCAAUUUGACCCAUGGGAGCUUAUCAUCAGCGAAGAGGGCUCGAUUGUUGAUAGGAGCAUAAUCAUGUCACGUUAUGAAGGAAUGAUAGAGAGAGCCGCUCUCAAACGGAAAGAGCAGGGUUUCUGGUGGUGGGACUGGGUGAUCCGGUACCGGGCCGUAGACGAUCCCAUUACGGGUACUAAAAGAACUCAGCCAUUCAUGGUCACCUCUAGAGACUACUUUAGAAAAAGAAAAAGAGUAUCUAAUUGGGAUAUCGUUGCACGGGCACAGGAGAUGGGACUGCAGCCUAUUAAACCGAUCAAAAUGGACAAUAUACUUGUGAAAGAGGAAAGGACGGAAACCUUGAACAAGGCAGAGACGACUGUCAAAAAGAGCAAGCGGACGACUCGGGAUGCGCUCGAAAAGAACGAGCUUGACACACACAGAGCUAAGCGCCAGCGGCAGGCGCUGCAACGGAGCAUUCACCUUCGGUCUAGAACACGUGAUACUGAUGACGAGGUAUCUCAAGAACUGUUUGAUGACGAGGACGACCAUCAUCGGGCGUUGCCUGCCAGAACUCAGCGCAAUAGAAGAUCAUCGCAAACACCGUCCACUGCAGAAGAUCUCGACGAAGACAACCAGUCUCGCAACGAGACGUCGAACGCUAGAGUUGCGCAAGACCCGAUCCCUAGCAGGCUCAAAUAUGCUCUCCGAUCGACCGAACGAAGCCAUGUCUAUGAGUACGACGAAGUGUCUGACGUUGAUGAAGAGCUGCAGUAUCUGUUCGUUGACCACGACGAGGAAGAGUCGGAAGAAGAUGCGCCUGACACGCGAGAAGAUGAGAUGGAAACACCAGAUCUAGUCGACGGCGACACUGACAGCGCGUUUCCCACAGCAGUAACGCCAAUGCCUGCUCCUGUGUCUGGCCCCGGCGCCAUAGAGAGGAUAACCCCGGAAUUGGAAUGGCCCUGCACAUUCAUUAUACAGAGUGACAUGCUCAGGGACAUGCCGAGGGAUAUGCCGAUGGACAAACCGAUAGGCGUACCCCUGGGCAUACCGAUGGGCAUACCGAACUCACCACCCCCGGCAAACUCCAGUCGUAGGCGAGGCCCCGCCGUGCCGCUGGAAAGGUGA